GAAACACAUCCUGUAGCUGGAGUAACGUGCUUGUCACCGACCAAGAGAGAGAGAACUCCUACCCUCUCAUCCCAGUCCUUCUGAGCUUUUCAGGGAUAAAGCACACACAUGCUCGCACGUGAAGAUGGGAAACUGGUUAGGACGAGUAAUCUGAGAUAAACGAGCGAGGAAAGAGUGUGGGAAAGAACGAGAAACACAAGAGACUGCAUCACGCAGACAUUCCUCAGCAGGGAGACGAGGAGAAAAAAAACAGCCAGCGCACAUCUGGAGCAGAAAGGGGGAGGAACGGACGGCCAGAGAGCAGCAGAAGAACGGCGCAAUUAAAAGAAAGCGUGCGUGUUUAUGUGAUGGCCUUGGAGGUCCAGCGUCCAGUCUUACGAGCAGCAGUGACCCCCGACUCCGAGGAAGAGGGUUAGAGACUCCCGUCAAGACUCAAGAAUGAGUGGCGAUGUCCUCUAGCUAACCUCUCACAGCGUUCAUGCCGCUCUGUGUUUCUGCCUAGCGUGCCCGUGUGCCCGUGGACGUUUCAGGAAUUCGGGCGCUCCGGAGGGUGUAUGGCCGUGCGCAGGCUGGUGGUGGUGGCGGCGGCGGUGGCCCUGCUUUCUCUGGUGUUCAACAACUUGGCGACAUUCAGCUCCAGCUGGGUGCUGCAGGUGCUGGAGGACGGACGGCGGCGGAGCGUGGGGCUCUGGAGAGCAUGUGCGCACGAGGACACACACGCUCACGAGCCCACAGCCUGCCAGAGACUCAGCUGGGGAUCGGAGCUCGCGGGUUAUCAGGAGUCACGCAGCACUGUCAAACUUCAGUUUGACAUGAUGCGGGCAUGUAACCUGAUGGCUAUGGUGGCUCUGACCGUGGGUCAGCUAAUCUUCCUGUUUGGGUUACUGGAGAUAAGCCACAUUACCCAGGAUUCUCAGUGGUGGGAGGAAGCCAUCGCUGCCCUGUUCCAGUUAGCCAGUUUUGUGCUGGUGAUCGGUCUGGUGACGUUCUACAGGAUCGGCCCCUACACUCACCUGUCCUACGCCUGCUACGUUAACAUCGCUGCUUGCUUGUUUGCCACGCUAGCGGCCGCCAUGCUAAUCUGGAAUAUUCUGCAUCGCCGUGAUGACUGCAUGUCUCCGUCGGUCAUCGUCAUCAGCCGAUCUCUGACCACACCCUUCAGGACGCGCCUAGACAAUGACUAUGUAGAGUCACCAUGCUGACACAAAGACACACCUCACCUGAGACAAAACACAGGGUGGAUAUUUAGACGGAUGGACGGACACAAAUGCACAUGGAGAGGAGUUCUAUCAUUUUAAGUGAAACUGAUCUCCUGGACUCCGCAAAAAGGGGAUUCGGACUGAAUGGAAGACUUUUGAAACGCAUUUAAACACAGAAGCAGCACUGUGGAUUGCGAAGAAUACAACAGACAGAUAAAGAUCAAGCUGGAUCUUGACACGUUUAUGUUCAUAAGUGUACUUGUGAGAAAGUAGAAGCACAUUCGUAUGCACACAUAUCGGUUAUAGUUCUAUGAAACAUGGAGUUUCAGAUUUCAAAAGGAGUCCAGGCAUUGAAUAUUGCUCCCAGGUCAAUUGAAUACAGUCCUUUACAGGCCAGCAUGGAAUCUGCACUUUUAUACAUGUUCUCUUCUAAUUGAAGGGGGAAAAAAAUUCUGGACAGAUUUAAAUUGGGAAAUUUUACAUGUCCAGUCAUUUUUUUGUGUGUGUUUUACAUAAAGAAACCAAAUUAAUUUUUUAGAAACAUUGCAAUAUUUUGCAUUAUGACAUUUAUUUGCACAUUUGCCCCCAGAUUCUCAAAAUAAUGUGUCUAUUAUAGUAAAGUGUCAAUGCUUUACUUUUGAGCUUUUUU